ACUUUACUUUGCUCUCGACUUUAGUUUUGCAUAGCCUUAUACAAAAGCACAAUCAGCAAGAUGUGUGGAAAUGGUGCAGGACAAGGAACUGAGGAAUGAACUGAAAGAAAUAUGAAAAGCAAAAAGUAACAGUGAAGAGGGACAGCAGAGUUGAAGAAACCAAAGUUUGACAGGAAAUAUUUUUUUACACACCUGGUGUUUUGUUAAAAAGCUGGUGAGGUGAGAUAAAUUGAAGAUGGAUCCGAAAAGCUCAGAUAUACCACUAGUAUCUUGCCAUGUUCAGGUUUCAGAUCAGUCUUUUUCCUCUGGUCUGGGGUCCUACACUUCUCUGUCAGUGUCACCAGCUGCAGAGAGACUGCGCUGCAUCCUUGGAGAGGAUGAUGAGUCCACACCAACACUCUUUACAGAGAUGGACACACUGCAUCAUGAAGGUGGAGAACCAGAGUGGAAGGAAUCAGCAAGGUGGGUAAAAUUUGAGGAGAAAGUGGAGGAGGGGGGAGAACGAUGGAGCAAGCCCCAUGUUUCCACACUGUCACUGCACAGUCUGUUCGAGCUGCGAACAUGUUUACAGACUGGUAGCAUCCUGUUGGACCUGGAGGGCUACUCUCUGCCUCAAAUAGUUGAAGAAAUAGUGCACAGGCAUGUACAGGAUGGCCUGAUAGACUCUGAGCUCAAAGACAAGAUCAGUUUCAUUUUGCUGAGGAAGCAUCGACACCAGACCAAGAAGCCCAUCCAUCGCUCACUGGCUGACAUUGGAAAGCCCAGUCCUACAAGUAAAGACCGGAGUCCAAGUCGUAGCCAUAGCUCCAUGUAUCACUCCACUGAGGAUUUGCGGGGUCACCAGAGUGGAAGUCUGGGAAAACUAUAUCAUGUUCAGAGUCGAAGCAUGAAUGAUAUCUCAAUUACUCCAAGUUCUGACCAGCUCAAGAACAAGUUUAUGAAGAAAAUUCCUAGAGAUGCUGAAGCAUCCAAUGUGUUGAUUGGAGAGGUGGACUUUCUGGACAAGCCUUUCGUGGCCUUUGUCCGUCUUGCUCAAGCCACAACAUUGGGUGGACUGACUGAAGUCCCAGUACCUACCAGAUUCCUCUUUGUUUUGCUUGGACCUCAUGGCAAAGUCAAAUCCUACAAUGAAAUUGGCCGUGCUAUUGCCACACUCAUGGUUGAUGAUCUCUUUAGCAGUGUGGCCUAUAAGGCCAGACACCGUGAUGACUUGAUUGCAGGUCUUGAUGAGUUUUUGAAUGAGGUGACAGUUCUCCCACCAGGAGAGUGGGACCCAAAGAUUCGUAUUGAGCCACCAAAGAAAGUUCCUUCAGCAGAGAUGAGAAAGUCAGUGUUUUCACUAAAUGAGCUGGGACAAGCAAAUGGAACUGCAGGUGGAGGAGGAACAGCUGAUGAUGAUGAAGAGAUGCCUGUCCCUCAUGAGCUGGGAGAGGAACUGACCUUUACUGGGAGAUUUUGUGGAGGUCUUUGGCUUGACAUCAAACGGAAAUUACCAUGGCUCCUGAGUGACUUCUAUGAGGGCUUUCACAUCCAGUCUGUCUCAGCUGUACUCUUCAUAUACCUGGGAUGCAUCACUAAUGCCAUCACAUUUGGAGGACUCUUAGGAGAUGCCACCGACAACUACCAAGGUGUGAUGGAGAGCUUCCUUGGCACAGCACUAGCAGGAGUGGUCUUCUGCAUUUUUGGUGGCCAACCCCUCAUUAUCCUGAGUUCAACAGGACCUAUACUGGUCUUUGAAAAGCUGCUCUAUGAAUUUUGCAAAGCUAAUGACAUUGACUACAUGGAGCUGCGUUUGUGGAUUGGACUGCAUUCUUGCCUUCAGUGUCUUGUCCUGGUGGCCUCCGAUGCUAGCUACAUCAUCAAGUACAUAACACGUUUCACUGAGGAGGGCUUCUCCAGCCUCAUCUCCUUUAUAUUUAUCUCUGAUGCUAUUAAGAAGAUGGUAGGGGCCUUUCAGUACUACCCUAUUAACACGAACUUUAAGCCUGACUUCAUCACUACCUACAAGUGUGAAUGUAUUGCUCCAGACCAAGGUGCUUCAGUGGUUUUUAAUUCGUCUACUCUACUUGGCCCAGACAACUUUACUGAUUACUCUCUGUACAACUUCACAGUUCUAGACUGGAGUCAGCUGACAAAAAAUGAAUGUCUAAAGUUUGGUGGAUCUCUGGUGGGCAAAUCCUGCAAGUAUGUUCCUGACCUGGCUCUCAUGUCUUUCGUCCUGUUUUUCGGCACCUAUUCCAUGACCAUUUCACUCAAGAAGUUUAAGUUCAGCCGCUACUUCCCUACCAAGUGGCGUACCUUGAUUGCAGAUUUUGCCAUUAUUAUAUCCAUUAUGGUCUUCUGUGCCCUGGAUUACCUGAUGUCCCUGGAAACACCCAAACUGCAUGUGCCCACUGAGAUCAAGCCCACUCGGCCAGAUCGUGGUUGGAUGGUCAUGCCUACAGGGAAGAACCCCUGGUGGAUGUAUUUAGCUAGUUUUGUGCCUGCUCUUCUUGUUACAAUCCUUAUUUUCAUGGAUCAGCAGAUAACUGCUGUUAUUGUUAACCGCAAGGAGAACAAGCUUAAGAAAGGAUGUGGCUACCAUUUAGACCUGUUUUGGGUAGGAAUCCUCAUGGCUGUCUGCUCUUUCCUGUGCUUGCCAUGGUAUGUAGCAGCUACAGUCAUCUCCAUUGCUCACAUAGAUUCCCUUAAGAUGGAGAGUGAGUGCAGUGCUCCAGGGGAGCAGCCACAGUUCCUGGGAGUGCGAGAGCAAAGGCUGACAGGUAUUCUGGUUUUUGUACUCACUGGAGUUUCCAUUUUCCUAGCUCCCAUACUGCAGUAUAUUCCCAUGCCAGUACUUUAUGGUGUGUUCCUGUACAUGGGUGUAGCCUCUCUUAGUGGCAUUCAGUUUUGGGAGAGGAUCAAGCUUAUCCUGAUGCCUGCCAAGCACCAGCCAGACUUUGUUUUCCUCCGCCAUGUACCUCUGCGUCGGGUGCAUCUUUUCACCUUAGUCCAAAUUACUUGUUUGGCUGUGCUCUGGAUCCUCAAGUCUACUGUGGCAGCUAUUAUUUUCCCUGUCAUGAUCCUGGGACUGAUGGUAGUGAGAAAAAUGCUUGACCUUGUCUUCUCCCAGCAUGACCUGGCCUGGCUGGAUGACAUUCUCCCAGAGAAGGACAAGAAGAAAAAGGAAGAUGAGAAGAAGAAGAAAGAGAGAAAGAAAGUCAAAUGCAGAGAUCGUGACAGUGACGAAGAAUUUAAAUGUCCAAGUGAUAACCUUCCCUCAGUGAAGAUACCAAAGGAGCCAACAGAGUGUCCAUCAUCCUCCCCUGAUCCUCCUCAAACACCCUCCUGACACACACCUUGUUAUAUCUAACUUGCAAGCCUGACCUGUUGAACCUCUGCAAAUGAAGAUCUCCUUCCCUUCAUCUCCAGCUCAGCCUGCAUUUCCAUUCAGCUACUCUCCUAUGUUUAUGGAGCCAAAAUAUGAGGGGACCGUGUUUUACCAGUAACAGUGUGAGACUUUGGUGGUGAAAUUAUAAUCUUUUUGUUCUUUGAGUGAAAAAUGUUUAACAGUAAAAAAAUGUAACCCAAAACUUCAUGUGCUUUGCCAUAGUUUGUCUAAUGAAUUUAGAAUUAUUUUCAUCCCUAGUGAAUACACAAGAUUUUAUAAAUGACUGCUUAGGUUAGUAAAAUCACAUGCCACAUGCACAUAUUAACUUCAGAACUCACUGCAAGUAGCAUAGUUUUUCAAAUAGAAUUCAACCUCAGUCUUUGGUUUUGCUUUGUAUGUAAUAAAACCAAAUAAUUGAAACAUCCUAAAAUAAUAUACCUCCACAGUAGACCCACGAUUUAAUCAAAAAGUGACUAUAAAUACUAAAAGUAACUAUAGAAUAAAUGUUGAUUUAAAAUCUGUAU